GGUUAUUUGACACAUAAAAGUUUUUUUUUUUUAGAGAUCUUCUUUAAUCAAGUACUGGAACUUUUUUUUUAGAAAAUGUCUGCACCUACUGCUGCCUCUGCUGCCCCAGCUGUUGAUGCUGCCGCUGCUCCUGCUGCUGACGCUACCUUGACAAGCAAGGAUUACUACUUCGAUUCUUAUGCCCAUUUCGGUAUUCACGAAGAAAUGUUGAAGGAUGAAGUCCGUACUUUGUCUUACCGUGCUUCCAUCUACAACAACAAGCAUCUUUUCAAGGAUAAGGUUGUUCUCGAUGUUGGUUGUGGUACUGGUAUCCUCUCCAUGUUUGCCGCCAAGGCCGGUGCUAAGCACGUCUAUGGUAUUGAUAUGUCCAAUAUCAUUCACCAAGCUCGUAUUAUUGUCAAGGACAAUGGUUUGGCUGAUAAGGUGACUCUUAUCCAAGGAAAGAUGGAAGAAGUUGUUUUACCUGUUGAUAAGGUAGACAUCAUUAUUUCUGAAUGGAUGGGCUACUUUUUAUUGUAUGAGUCCAUGCUUGAUACUGUUCUUGUUGCUCGUGACAAGUACUUGGCACCCGGUGGUAUGAUUUUCCCUGACAAGGCCAUUAUGUGUAUUGCUGCUAUUGAAGAUGGUGACUACAAGGAUGAGAAGAUUGGUUACUGGGAUAACGUGUAUGGUUUUGACUACUCCUCCAUCAAGAGCAUUGCUAUUAAGGAACCCUUGGUUGAUAUUGUUGAACCUCGUUGUGUGAUGAGUGACACUUGUGCUUUCAAAGAAAUUGAUAUUGCCACCGUUACUAAGGAAGACUUGAACUUUAAGGUUCCCUUCAAGAUUACUGCUGAACGUGAUGAUUAUGUUCAUGCUUUCAUCUCUUGGUUCGAUAUUGCCUUCACUCAUUGUCACAAGCCUGUUGAGUUCUCCACAGGUCCCUUUUCCAAGUACACUCACUGGAAGCAAACUGUCUUCUAUACACCUGAGGCUUUAACCUUGAAGAAGGGUGAGUCUAUUGAAGGUGAAUUAACUUGUUCUCCCAACAAGUCCAACCCUAGAGAUCUCGACAUCAUUAUCGAUUACAAAUUUGAGGGUGCUCACGGUACUGUUCACGAAGUCUGUGAUUACAAGAUGUCAUAGAUAAUUUAUUAUUUUAAUUUUUACUAUUAUUCUUUUGUUAUAUAUAUACAUUUUUUUCUUUUCCCUUUUUUGUUACACCUAAACCCUGUAAACUGCAUUCCUUUUUUUCCCUCCAUUUUUUCAUAUAAAAAUAAAGCCCUAACUUUUUUUUUUGUUUCUACAACUAAG